AGAACUUCACUAGUUUGGACAACGCUCCACUCGUUUCGUUGACGCAUUCGAGAAGAAGAGGGCACAAAGGGAGCACUCCUUUUCCUUCGCCCUCGCUUAGUUACUACACACUCUGCUCUCUCAAUCCGUGCGCUUGCACAACUUUCAUAGCUCUGCUUUCCGUAUUAUUAUUAUUGUUAAUUAGUAGGUUCACGUAGCGCUUUUUACUUUUAGCAAGAUCUAGCGUACUUUGCUUCAUAUGUUUUUUUUUGUUAGCUCUCUAUUGAUUUAGCAGCUUCAGUCUCUUUCGUUAUCUCGUUUUAUAGGUCCAAAACAAGGAUGCGCCGCUUCAACGGUUCUAUGCUGCGCUCCGCGCGCGGCAACUCCAUGACGGCCCCGUCCUCCAUCCGCGCCAUGCAGCCGAUGCGUCAAUUUCACAGCAUCUACAACAUCAUCGGUUCCUGUCUCAUGUGCGGGGCGUGCAUGCUCUGCUUCGGCUCUUGGGCGAACAACUACUGCAACGUCAAGAAGUACGGCCGUUGGCGCUUCCGCAACUCCAUUGAUGAUGUGCUGAUGGUGUCCGACUUCCGCGGUGCGCGCUACUUCGGUGCUUUUAUUGGAUUUUGGUUCUGGUGGUUCGUCGUAGGACCGCAGAAGUACCGAUGGAACAGUCCCUUGAGUGACAUCCCCGGCAACACGCGUAUCGGCCCCUUCUAG